AAAUAAAAAAACUUGGUAGGGGGUCAAAAAUUUCAAUAUCCCUUCCGUCUUCCCUCCCUCCAAACGGCAUAGCAUUGGGGUCGUCAUAGAAGAAUCUGUCGAAUUCAAAUUUUGCUCUCUGCAAUCUCCACCGCCGGACGGUUUGUCUCUUUUAACUUUAUCAUCGUCGAAGAAUAUCUCCAGUUUCUCGAAAUCGUAGUUCCCAUUGUAGUAGGGAUUGAAAAAACCCUAGCUUUUUCUUCUGUUAGCAUUUUCAUCAAUUAGGGUUUUUCCCCAUUUGUUUGUUCUGCCUCCCACUCUAUUUGAACCAUGGACGAGGACAUUUGCCGUUGGAUUAUCGAAUUCAUACUCCGGAGUAAAAUGGACGAUCACUUGCAGAAGAGAGUUAUGGCGGUCGUUCCCUUCUCAGACAAGGAUUUUCGCCUGAAGAAAACGGUGCUUUUAAGGUCCCUAGAGAGCGAAAUAUUGGAUGCUGUUUUAACGGAGAAAUUACUUGUAAAUUUUGAGUUGAUUGAGCAGUUAGACAAGGCUGAAGGCCUUGCAAUCAUGGAAUCAAUGAAAGGUGCAUAUUGUGCUGUGGCAGUGGAAUGCACCGUGAAGUACUUGCUGGUGGAAGGCAUUCACAAACAUGGAAGGUAUUUUGAUGCUGUGAGGAGGAUAUGGAAUGGAAGAGUUACUGAAUUGGUGAAAUCGGGCAAGAGUAAGUUGGUUUCGAGGGAAUUGAAAGCAUGGAAGGAUGAAUUUGAAGCGUCACUUUGUGAUAAAAAUAUUAGGAAGAAGUUGAUGCUCAUGAACACGAGAUAUGAUGCCCUGAAACUGACAGGAGACUAUCUGAGUGAGGCGUGGGCGGUAAUGGGUUCGUCAUUUAUUGAAUUGUGUGCUUCUUUGAUGGAUAAAAGGAUGGUCAAUGAAAUGCAGCCUAGUCAGUUAGAGCAGAAAACAAACAAAAUGGCUAUUGAGAGUGAGGAUGUAGGUGGCGGUGAUGAGAUUGAAGUGCCCUCCCAAGCGGAUAAUCGUGUGAGACCGGAGCAGCACGAAAGUGGGCAAGUCCUUAGUCAGCCUGAAAGAAGAACUGAUUUGCUAAAUAGCCAUCAGGGUUUGGGUACCAACGAGGGUUCUAAACAACCAGACAUUGUUGCUACGACCACGGAGAGAGUUCAAGAGUUGGCUACUGAAACAGAGGAAGGGCAAGAAUCGAUUGAGAAGGAGGUUGCAGUUUUGCACAAUCCAACUCCACGUCGAGAUGAAAACGUGAGGACUCCUGCUAUGCCAAGAUGCAAGUCCCUUGCAUUUCAUAGACGUGUUAGAGGCAGAGCUAAAAUUAGUCAACUGGAGGACUUCGAGAAUGAGAAUGGCAAUUCAUUUGAAAGAUAUACUUGCCCAGAUACUACUGAAGUUAACCGGGUGCGAGAAGCACUUAGGACUAGCUCUGUAGAGCUGCAGGCAGUGGUGAAAGAUCCACUUCCUGAUGCAUUGCGCAUAGCAGAAUCUGUAGCCAAUGAUCUUGCCAAAAAGAAUGAAACUCGUGAGCAUUCUUCGGAGGGCCGAAAUGAUGCUGGUGCUGCCAAUCCAACAAUUAACAAGGACGCCGUGCCUCUUCAAUCUGUGAGUGCAAAUCUUAAAAAUCCAGGUUAUGGUCAAAAGACACGGCCUAGCAUCAUGGAACGCAACAGUACAGCUUGUUCAUAUGAGUGGAAUGAUUCAAUAGAUGAUUCACCUGAAGGAAGUCAUGCCGACAGACUUCACCUUCCUAGUCCCAAGAGAAAGGUUAUUUCUCCCUUGAAGAAGUACGAAGAAACUAAAAUUGUACGGAGAAGGCAGUGUAAGAAGUGGAGCUUGCUUGAAGAAGACACCUUAAGAACUGCUGUGGAAAGGUUUGGUAAAGGAAAUUGGAAGCUCAUCUUAAAUAGCUAUCGUGAUAUAUUUGAUGAAAGAACAGAGGUUGAUCUGAAGGAUAAGUGGAGAAACAUGACCAGAUACUAAUGACUUUCCAAAUUCCGAUCCAAAUUCGUGCAUUAUAAAUUAACCUUGAAUUACAGGGCUAUUUCUGUAAUUUUGAGUAGUCGACCUCGUAAUGCCCCUUGGAUUUUGAUUGUAAUGUGGAAAAAAAAGAUUGAAAAUAUCUAUGUAAAUGAAAAUGUUGAAGUCGAAUGACAUAUUGUCACUUAAAUGCCACUUCUAUUUAUUUUUUGAACUCUAAAAAAA